AUUGGCCAAACAACAUGAAAAACCAGUUCUAGAUAUCAACACGUCCUAUAAGACGAUAACCUGCUAUCAAAUCGGUUGUCGUCAUUAUAGUAAAAACACUUAUUGGAAAGAUAAUACAGUCGGGCGAGAAUUGCCGAGGACAGAAUAUUAACCAGUGUCAUACGAUCACUUGUGUUGUACGGUUGAGUGUUUUAAAUUAGCCGGUUCAAUUAAAUAAUAAUGCCUAGCAAAGUUCACAAUUUUGGAGCUGGACCAGCUAAGCUCCCAGAAGAAGUAUACGAUAUUAUAAAAAAUGAAUUGACUAAUUUUGAGGGAACGGGAAUAAGUCUUUUGGAGACAAGUCACCGCACAGCUCCAUAUUUAAGACUCAACAAGAAUGUCCAGGAUGUGGUUAGGAGAUUACUAGAUGUUCCCUCGAAUUAUAAAAUUUUAUUCUUAUCUGGCGGCGGACAAGGUGAAUUUGCCGGCGUUCCUCUUAACUUGAUGUCCAGAACUGGGACUGCCGAUUAUGUCGUUACUGGUGCAUGGUCAGCUAAAGCCGCAAAGGAAGCAAAGAAAUAUGGAAAGGUGAACUUGGUUAUACCACCAACUGACAGAUAUACAGACAUUCCUAACCAAUCCACCUGGAAAUUGGACCCUAAUGCUUCUUAUGUACACAUCUGUACCAAUGAAACUAUUCAUGGAGUAGAGUUUGACUUUAUACCAGACACAAAGGGAGUUCCAUUAGUAGCCGAUAUGUCUUCAAACUUUAUGUCAAAGAAGGUUGAUGUUUCCAAGUUUGGAGUGAUCUAUGGCGGUGCACAGAAGAAUAUUGGUACAUCAGGUGUAGCCCUUGUGAUCGUACGAGAAGACUUACUGAACAAUGCUUUGCCAAUUUGCCCAUCUAUCCUUGACUGGACAGUCAAUGCUAAAGCAGAUUCCAUCUUAAACACACCACCAAUGUUUGCUAUUUAUAUAAUGGGAAGAGUUCUCGAAUGGAUCGAGAGGCAAGGAGGCCUCGACGUCAUGGAACAGUUAGCUACAAAGAAAUCGUCAUUGAUAUAUAACAUUAUAGAAGAAUCGAAUGGUUUCUACGUCGCUCCAGUGGCCAAGAAUGUGAGAAGUAAAAUGAACAUUCCAUUCAGAAUCGGGUCUAUUGAUGGCAAUGAUGCAUUGGAGAAAGAAUUCUUGAAGGGUGCUGAGGAAUUGAAUUUGAUUCAACUCAAAGGACACAGAGACGUUGGCGGAAUCCGCGCUUCCACUUACAACGCAGUCACCGUCGAAGAAGUCAAAGUAUUGGCGCAGUACAUGAGAGAAUUUUACAAGAAGCAUAACAAGUGAUUCCUUUGUGUUAUCGUACAAGUAUUUAGAUACAGUUAGCUAUAUCUAUCACACAUCGAAACAAACAACGUUGACCGAUAUCUGUAUUUAUUUAGUUAUAAAAAAGCCGUAAAAACAUAUUUCCUGUAUUAUUUUGAUAUAAUAUUUUACUUUCUGAUAAGCGGUGAGCGUCAGAAGUUUGUAAUGUUUAUAUGGAAUGAGAAUUAGAAUGAUUCAGUAAAUCGUGUACUGUUAUUGAAUUAUUUAGGGUACCGUACGAAACCGUGUUUAUGUAGAUAAAAUAUUUUAUAUUACCUACAUUAUAUAUAGUUUUAUGUCUAUAAAAGGUCGAUUUGUGAUAGUUGUUGUCACGUACUAAACUUGUUAUUAUUGAUAAUCAUACGUAUCGUAGUUUUAAGUGCCUUUAUUAUUGGCUGUGUUAAAUUUGUUAUUUUUUUAUUAAAAAGGCUUUACAUAAUA